AUGCUUUUUGGUGAAUUUUCAAAAUGGUAUGAUUUUAUGAAUGAACAGGAUACAGCUGAUACGGACGACGAAAUGGAUAUGGUUGACGAAAUGGAUAUGUUUGAUGAAUCAGAAGAAUUAGAUGAGAAAUCAGAAAUAAGUAAUAAAUUUUGGGAAGCAGAUGAAAUAAUUAAACAACUACCAAUAGCAACACAAAAAAAUUUAGAUAGCGUAUAUACAAGCCAGUUUAUUGACGUUGAAGAAAUUUCACGACGAUUUAGCGCAGAAGUUAAAUCGGGCAACAUUGCUG